CUGGCGAGUCUCGCCGAAGCAUGAGGCUAUCGAUGCUCAUCGCGCUGGUGCGGCCCAUGGGGCCGGUGAUCGUGGGCAUCUCUCUGGGCUUCACCCUCAGCCUGCUGAGCGUCACGUGGGUGGACGAGCCGUGCGACGGCGGUGGCGGCGGCGCGCUCGGAGCCACCGAGGGGAUGCUGAUGAUGGCUCAAGCGGGCAGCCUGAAGGGGGCCCGCAAGCCCAACUCCAUAUCCACCGGGACGGCGGAGCACGGCGACGCUGGCGGAGAAGAUUUCGAGCCCAGGAUAGUCCCGUACAACAAACCGGCACAGCAGGGUCCUCCUAAAAAAGUUUUCAGGGCCAAAUAUGCCAGCACAGAGCUGGGGAUCCGUGAACGUCUCUUUGUAGCAGUCAUGACAUCUAAGAACACCAUGAACACACUGGCAGUGGCCGCCAACCGCACACUGAACCACCACCUGGAAGGCCGUCUCAUCUUCUUCACCGGCACUCGCAACCGCAAAAUCCCACAUGGAAUGUUUGUGGUCGCCCACGGUGACGAGCGUCCAGUGCUGAACAUGUUUCAGACUGUGCAUUACCUCCUGGAGCACCACAUUACAGAGUACGAUUGGUUCUACCUCGUCCAGGACGAUACCUACACCCAGCCUGAUAGGUUGAAGACGCUGGUGGACCACUUGAGCAUGGACCACCAGCUCUACAUGGGCCGCCCAGGGGAGUUCAUUGGAGGUGAAGCACAGGGGAGGUACUGCCACGGUGAGUCCGGGUUUCUCCUGUCCAGGGCUUUGCUGCUGAAGCUCCGGCCCUUCCUGGAGCAGUGCCGGAUGGACAUCGUUAGCGUCAGGCCUGACGAGUGGCUGGGACGCUGCAUCAUUGAUUACGCUGGCAUUAGCUGUGUGGAGGAACAUGAGGGGCUUCAUUAUAAUUACUUCGAGAUGGAGAAGAACGUGGACCUGAAUGGAAAGGAGAGCCUGGACUUCCAGAAUGCCCUCUCAGUCCAUCCAGUGAGCAGCUCAGAGCAGAUGUAUCAACUGCACAGAUACUUCACUGAAAGAGAGCUGCAGAAAACAUAUGAGGAGAUCAAAAAACUACAAGCAGAGAUAAAGAACAUUAGUCACGUGGCUGUGGACGGAAACAGGAGCGCUGUUUGGCCCGUCGGCAUUCCGCCUCCCUUCCAGCCCAAGAGUCGCUUUGAGGUGCUUCGCUGGGACUACUUCACCGAGGAGCAGCUGUUCUCCUGUGCCGAUGAUUCUCCCAAGUGUCAGCUGAACGGGGCCGACCGCGAGGAUGUGGCUGACGUCAUCCAGGUGGCCGUAGCAGAGCUGAAUAAGAAAUACUCUCCUGUGUUACAGCUGAGCGCUCCACGGCUAGUCAACGGUUACCGCCGCUUUGAUCCAACACGAGGAAUGGAAUACACUCUGGACUUGCAGCUUCAGGCCAUGACUGAAUCAGGCUAUGGGCAAGCCAUUGAGCAUCGCGUCCACCUAGUGCGGCCCCUUAGCCAGGUGGAGAUCAUCCCCAUGCCCUACGUUACUGAGGCCACCCGGGUACACGUGGUCCUUCCACUGACUAGCCCUAAUCGACCUGUGGCACUGCACUUCUUGGACCUCUGCGCUUCCAACCUGUUUGAACAGGGCGAGAACGCCGUCCUCACCUUCCUGUUCUUGUAUGAGCCUGCCGAAGCCCAGAAGGUGGGCACCACUGACGUAUUUGCUGAAGUGAAGGCCAAAGUGGCUGCUGUGGAGCGCCGGUACCCCAACGUGAAGAUACCAUGGAUUAGUGUGAAGACUGAGAAUCCAGGCUUCUUGCGUGUCCUGGACAUUGUCUCCAGGAAACACCCAGUGGACACACUCUUCCUCCUGGCCACAGCUGACACAGUGCUGAACUCUGAGUUCCUUAACCGCUGUCGGAUGAAUGCCAUCAGCGGCUGGCAGGUCUUCUUCCCAGUCCACUUCCAGGACUUUGACCCUCAUGUGGCCUUCCCAAACGGGCCUCCCCAGGCUACUCCAGACCUGGUGCGCGAGGCGGGACACUUUGACCGCUAUGCCUUUGAAGAAGCAUGCUUCUACAAUGCUGACUACAUGGCCGCUCGCACGCAGAUGACCGCCGACACUCAGGAGAAUGAGGAGCUGCUGGAGAACCUAGAUGUGUAUGACGUUUUUGUGCAGUACUCAGGCCUGCACGUCUUCCGUGCCGUGGAGCCGGCCCUGCGCCAGGCCUACCGCAACCGGACCUGCGACCCGCAGCUUAGUGAGGAAAUGUUCCACCGCUGCCUCCAAAGCAUCAAUGAGGGUAUAGGCUCCCGAUCCCAGCUAGCCAUGCUCAUGUUCGAGCAGGAGCAAGGCAACAGCACUUGAGCUCUUUUCAGGAGUUGACAGGGCGGGAAUCACAGACUGGCUUUGGGCUAGCGAGUAUAACUGCUGCAAGGUUUCUACGAAUCAUCAGAUAUGCUAAUAAACAGAUGCUGGCCGUUCUUUAAUGCAAGCCACUCUUCACCCAACCGAUGAGCAGGUCAGAACUCUGCAUUUGAGGGACUGCUGGAGUUUGAGAGUGUGUGAAAAGGAAUGUCUCAGAGGUUCUAGUGGAGGACCUUCUCCAUGGUGAACUGGUGACCCUGCCAGCAGUGAGAGGAAUGGGGAAUUAAACAAAAAAUGUUUACAGCAAAACCAGAGACCUCAUAAAUGGUGGAAGCAUCCAGUUCCAAGAAUUUCCAUAAUGCCAGUGUAUUUGAAUCCACCCACAUUAGAAAUGUAUUCCUGUCUCACACCCAUACU